UGUUUUGUCCGUUGGCUCUAUGUGAAUGAGAGGAGCUGACCAGUGGAAAGUGACGCCUCGCUCUCUCACAUGAUGGAUCUCCACGUCCGAGUGCUCUGUCUGUUUUUUCUAGCUGCAUCGUUAACCCGGAGGUCGGGUGCGAGCGGACCGGUGAUCCGAUGCGAGCCGUGUGAUGCUGCGGCGCGGCUGUCGUGCAAACCUCUACCCAAAGACUGCGCGGAGCGGGUCCGGGAGCCGGGCUGCGGCUGCUGCAUGACCUGCGCGCUCAGCCUCGGCCGGCGCUGCGGCGUCUACACCGCCAGGUGCGGCUCCGGGCUCACCUGUCAGCCCCAACCGGGUGAGACGAAACCUCUGCAGGCGCUGCUGUUAGGACUCGGCAUCUGUGCAAACAGCAGCAGCAGCAGCAGAAUGUCACUGACCGUCAAACCCACACCUGUGGUCUGUAAAUUGACAGAUCAUGCAGAAAUUCCAGACAAGGAGCAGACUCCCACCAGCUCAGGUCCUCAAACUUCCUACAGCACCAACAGACCCGCAGGACCCCUAAAGCCUCUACUCCACCCCCUCUUCUCCUCUGCAAAGGCAGAUGUGUUCAGACAGGCACAGCACAAGAGAACCCAGAGCUUUAAAAUGGGGGGUCUCCCAGGACCCCUCAUCACCGACCCACAGAACUUCUCUUUACAAACCAAACAGGAGCCAGAGUAUGGUCCGUGUCGAAGAGAGAUGGAGAGCAUCCUCAGCAGCCUUAAAAUGAUCAACACCCUCAACCCCAGAGGCUUACGCAUACCAAACUGCGACAAAAAAGGUUUUUAUAAGAAAAAACAGUGCCGUCCAUCGAAAGGGCGAAAGCGGGGCUUUUGCUGGUGUGUGGACAAAUAUGGACAGCCUUUGCCAAGCUUUGGUGGGAAGGAGCAAGGAGACGCCCAGUACUACGACUUUGAGAGCCAAUAGGAGUGAAGCGGGAUGGGAGGGAGGGCGGGAAGCAGGGAGUUAACGAGAAAAACUGUAAACAAACGGAGACGCUGAGGAUAUUGGAAAAGAGGUCAGGAGAUGGUUUGGUCGAUAUAUGGAUGUUUGCUUCUAUUUGUUGCCGGUGGGAUUUUUGGGUUGUUUUGAGGCAAAAGAAAGAAGAGAGCAGGUGGAAACCUGGACUUCUGUGUGAGAAUUUCUCACAAGUUGUUUCUACUUGAUUUUCAUCUCAGAGGCCUUAAACUGACCAUGAAAGCGAGAUGCCACGAAAAGUCUGCUCUUCAUUUACGCACAUUUAUUGAGACUGCAUACGUGUAUGUGAUUGUUAUAACAAAUCAUCGUAUGCUUGUGAUUUUUUUUUUAUGUAGACAUUAUCAUGAUGACCAUGAAUUGUACGUAUGAUUAUGGAAAGCCACGUGGGACAAAAUUAGACGUGGGUUUCUGCUCCGUUCGCACAAAACAUGUGGCAAGAACACGCUUGAAAUACAGAAACCACCAGUUUUUGUCCCACAUGGCCUUCCAUAUAUGAACAUGUCCUACAGUGUAAUCAUGCAGUGCUUCAUGGAGAUAUCUGUGCAGCUGUCUCCAUGCACUUCCAGUUUUUAAACCUGGGUCUCAAACUCCAAAGUGACACACGAUUCUUUUAUCUGUCGCUCUUUUCACCUGUGUUGUUGCAUUGCAUAAGCUAAAAAGUUAUAUUUUUCUGCACUAGUCUAAAAAAAAAGAACAAUUAAUAGAUGAAUAUGUUUGCAUGUCCAGUGUGACCCUCAGAAGUCUAUUUUUACUUAAUAAAGGCUGUAAAAGUG